AUGGGCUCUUUUAUUUGGCAUCAACUAUUGAAAGAUGUUUUGCAAAAGAUGUCAACAGAUCCAAUAUCUGAAAGAAAGGAAAUGAUUGACAUAUGUUAUAAAUAUUAUCGUAAUAAUAAAAAGGAAUUGCAAAAUAUUCAACGGUUCGAAAAGAUUUAUAAACCUGAUGAUGCUAUCCAAUGGUAUACAAAGGAUUGUUUUAUCUAUCGUUUGAUCAAUAAAGCAUUAAGAACAGAGAACAUUGAAGUAUUGCAUACAUUUCGAUAUUUUAUUAAUGGUCUCUCAACCUGUCUCAUGAAUAACUAUGAACUGAUAAAAGAUAGUCAAGCAGACAUUUGGCAAGUAUAUCGUGGUAUUAAACAAACAAGCGAUGAAAUACAGCUAUUAAAGAGGAGUAUUGGAAAUUUAAUUUCGACCAAUGGUUUUUUUUCAACAACUAGACAUAGACCAGUGGCCGAGAUAUAUGCUGGUAUAGGAUCUAACAUUGAUAAAUUUGAAUCAUUACUAUUUGAGAUUAACAUCAAUAUUCAAACACAUAAAAAUUGUAUCUUUGCUGAUAUUAGUUGUUAUAGUCAGUUUGGCGACGAAGAAGAAGUUCUGUUUGAUCUAGGCACUGUAUUUGAAAUUCUUUCAGUAGAUUAUAAUCCAAUUGAUAAAUAUUGGUUAUGUAAAAUGGCAUCGACAGAUAGAGGUCUACAAAUAGCCGAUGAAUAUUUAACGCUCCGAAGAGGUGAGAUGGCAAAUGAGAAGAUUGACUUAGUUAUUUUAUUUGGGGAACUAUUAUAUGAUAUGGUUGAAUAUAAAAAAUCACAAAAAUAUUUUGAAAAUUUAUUGAGCAGUCGAAAUACUGAUCCGAAUGUGUAUAUGGGUAUUGCCCAUGCUCAAUAUAUCCAAGGUCAAAAUGAAGAAGCAAUCAUAAAUUAUAAACAUGCAUUAACUAAAUGUGAUCCAUCUGAAUUCUUAUUGACCGCAAAAAUAUUAAGGUAUCUAGCUCUUCUAUAUAAAUUUAGUGGACAAAAUGAAAUGUCUUUAAACUAUGUAACUGAUGUAUUAAAACUGUUAGAAAGCAACGAACUUAGUAAUGAAUCUAACAGAAUUCGCGCGGAUGUUGCAACACUGUUGCCACAAAUUUAUAAUUUUCUUGGUAAUGGUACAAAAGCGCUGGAAUAUGCGGAUACUGCACUUAAUAUUAUCAAAACAUUGGUACCAUGCCCUCAUCUAGAUCUAGUUGAAGCUCUCACAUCUUCGGCUCUUGCUUAUCGAAAAGCAGGUGAUUAUAAUGCAUCUUUAGAUCGUCAAACAAAGGCGUUAGAAAUAAUAAAACAAGUUCUUCCUGAUAAUCAUCAAUAUCUUGGUGUAGCAUUAAAUAAUAUUGGCAAAGCUUAUUAUAAAAAAUGUGACUAUGAUAAUGCCAUACACUAUCUUGCACAGUCUCUGGAAGUCUAUGCUAAUGUUUGGCCUGGAUAUCAUCAACGACGGGCUAUUCCUUUAAAUCACCUUGGUAAAUGUUAUUACCGUUUGAAUGAUUAUAAUCAAGCUCUCGAUUAUUAUUUACAAGCAAUGGAAAUGCUCGAAAAAACUGUUUCCUCAAAUCAUACAGAUAGAGCUUAUACAGUGAAAAAUAUAGGCGAAGUAUACCUAGAUUUAUUGGAUUUUGACAAAGCUCUGACUUAUUUUCGUCACGCAAUGAAUAUUUAUAAAGAAAACACGCGUGAUAAUAGUACUCAACCAGAUGUUGCUAAGUGUUAUUAUUUAAUUGGUCGAGUUUAUUUAAAACAAAAUGAUAGUGAACAUGCAUUAGAAUUAUUUUUGUUGACAUGGAAUAUGUGGCAAUCUGCAUUAAUACACAAUCAUCCAGACUUAGCAUUGUGUGCUGAAAGUUGUGGUCAUGCAUACCUGGGUAGAUUAGAUUAUGGAAAGGCUUUGGAAUACUUUUCAAAAGCGCUAGAUAUCUAUGAAAAAGGGUUUACACUCAAUGAAGCAAAAAUAACUGUUAUUAAAAAUUUAAUUGACGAUACUAAACAGAAAAUUCAUGAGAACAACUUAAACAGCUUAUGA